ACGUCUGCAAUUUCAGGUUAUAAAGUUAUAAUGAGUUCGAUGGCGAAUUCUGAAGCAAGAAACAGAGAUAGGAUCAGUGAAUUACCAGAUGAACUUGUAAGAAGGCACAUUUUUUCUAUUCUUCCUACAGUAGAUGCUGUCAAGACCACCGUUUUGUCUAAAAAAUGGAACAGAAUGUGGACCAAGCUUCAAACUCUGGACUUCGACAGUGAAAGGGAUUUUCGGGAGCAUACAGAUUUGAAUGCUUUUGUAACUUUUGUAUCUCGUGUGCUCUACUAUCGUGAUGCAACACCUAUACUUUUGUUUCGUCUGAAACUAUCUCGUUGUCGUCGUUUACCAUGUGUUGGGCAUUGGAUUCGGGCUGCUGUUAGGCGUGGAGUAGUUGAGCUUGAUCUCCAUUUAGAUUUUAAUGAUUGGGGUGGUUUUGAGUUUCCUCUGUGCAUUUUCGGGUGCAAAACACUAGAGGUUUUGAAACUCACUUUGCGGCCCUGGGUGGUUAAAGGUGAUAGUCCAAGAUCAGGCCGUUUCCCAAGUCUCAGGUUCCUCCAUGUUACAAUGUUGGAUCCUGGCAGGCAUAAUAUGGAGAUGCUUUUGUCUCACUUCCCAGUACUUGAAGAGUUGACUAUAGAUGGAACCUCUAAAGUGGAGACCAUAUGUGGUACUGGCACAUCUAAUUUCCUGGUCUCUGCGCCGAAACUGAAGACAUUGAGAAUUGGUUCGGAAGGUCUGUAUAAGCCUGUUGAAAUUCAUGUAUAUGCCCCAGAGCUGGAAAAUAUCAACCUCCAGCGGCUUGAAUUAACCAAGUGUUUUCUUGAUGGGAGUACAAAAUCCCUAGUUACUGCCAGUAUUGCUUUCAGAGAAUUUGAAGAAAUAUACAAAGAAGAAUACGAUGGUUAUACAAUGGAGCUUUUGAAGCAAGUCUCGAAUGUUAAAUGUCUAUCUGUUUCAGCUCAUCGCAUGAAUGACUUGUAUCUCCCUGAGAAUUGGUAUCUCCCUUCUUUUGGUAAUUUGAACCAAUUGACAUUGGUUUUUUGGGGUCACAGUUGUUGGGAAUUGCUAGCCCGGUUUCUCAACAGUGCACCUAAUCUUGAAGUUCUCGUCUUAGAUGAUAGAACUGAGGGUCACAGAGAGAUUCACUGGAAUCCACCUGAGGAUGUAUCUGGUAGUUUAUCACCAAACCUGAAGACUAUCUUUUUUAAGGGGUUUAAGGGAAGGCCGUGCGAGAUGAGAAUGAUAAAGUAUUUGUUGAAGAUUGGUCAGUUGUUGAAUAAGAUGACGAUUUUUGCAGGUCGACAUCUUUCGUUCAAUGAACAAAACGAGUUCUGCACAUGGUUUAUGAUGUUCAAUAGGGCAGAAUCUUGUCAUGUUGAAUUCAUGCAGAUGCAAGUUUAGACAGUCAGCUUAAAACUACUUGUGGUUGUGUUGUCUUUAAUUUUUCCUUUAGUUGGUUUAUUAUAUGCUACUUUAUCCUUUGCUUCUUGUCAAUGUAGGGAAACUG